AUGAGUUUCGAAUCUUUUAUUCGUCUUGCCGAGAAAAACCAAGCUAAAAAUGACAAGCAGCCGACCUCUCACGGUCCCCAGCCAACUCCCUACGUCCCACAGAAGCGUUCCAUGGUUGAUUCAGGUCCGCCUGAGGACAGUGAAAUGUCUCCAACUCCUAAUGAAUAUGUUCCCUCUGCUCCUAAACGACCGAGAUCCCCAUCCAAUCUGAUGGAGGCUCUUGGUGUAAUGACUUCCACUGGACUUAACGAUGAUAAGCUUCAAAAACCUCAGUAUGUCCAAAAAAUUCCACGAAUCCCCCGAAAGAAUUCCGAGCAACCGAUAAAAGCCACUUUGGAACCAACCCGUUCUCCAGGUCCUACUCCGAACCGGUCAGACGAGGAACGGCCCUGUCGUGCACCGACCCAAGAUGGCCCUCCUAAGCUCUCAAAUAAAAUACCCAAGAAUGGUGGUAUUGCUGCUCAGUUAGGGACUUCAAAGAUAACAGUCCCAAAGACAGGUCAGUCUUUGUCAAGUAAAAUUUCUUCGGUCAAAACUCAACAACCGCCCAAAGAACCCAUUGGAAUUGCUGCGCAGCUCAGCUCCAAGGCCCUUCCUGGGCUGGAGAAAAGAAUCAGAACUCCUCAUAGAGCGCACUCGUCUCCAGCAUUUAGUAAGGACAGGACCCCGUCUACAUGCACAUCGAGGCCCUCUACAAGUGGAGCGACUAUGGAAAAAUCUUCCAAACUACCCACCGAACAAAAUGGUUCGGUUUCUCAUUCAGAGUUGCCCACGAUGUCUAAGAAGACAACCGUUCACCGUGUUUUAAAGCCAAAUGAUGAAAAACCUCUUUCUACCAAAUCGUGCUCACCGUCAUCACAAAAGCCCAACUUACCUGAUCAUAGGGUUAAGUCUCAACUACCGUCUCAUUCUGCUCGAGGAAUAGCUGCCCAGCAGGGUGCUCCUGUCUGUGGGAUUGCUGCCCAGUUUGGAUCUCUGCCUCUACAGACAUCACGAACUCGUUCCCCUGACGACUAUUCUUGUGACGAAGGUGACGACUACGCUAGUGACGACAGUUUCAUUGACGACAGCGAGUCCAUGGACGCGAAGGAUUACUCUCGAUUUGUUAAAGUAAUCCAUAAGACAUUGAAUUUCGAUCCCAAGCGAUAUGCGAAUGUGAGCCGGUACGACGAUCUCAGCAGUAUGGAGUCCAAUUUCCGGCAAAUAGAAAAGGAGGAAAGAAUUAGCGCUCGACUGGGUGCGAAGGAAGACGAAGAAGACAUCGCUGCCGAGGCGGCUCGACGAGAGCGAAGACGGCACAAAUUGGCAGCCUAA